CGGACAUAUUCCCAGCUGUUUGUUUGGGAACUGCCACUUCCGGGAUUGAAUCUGCCCCCCAUCAAGCGGUUGUAGUUGUUAGAACCCUUCGUAGCAGCUGCAUCCCUCUUGUGGGUGACAAGCCGCUUCUAUUCAAUCUCUAUACUCAAGUUAGUUAGAGACAGGAUCCAAGACCAAUUAAUGGAAUUUAUUCCGAUAGGCCUCACGGCAGUAGGAUGGGUGGCGUCUCCAUGGGCAACUGUGUGGAUCAACAGCUUCCGUAGUCGUCGGAAGCAGAGUAGAACCGGGAAGCAGAAAUUGAAUUUGCUAAAGCAAUUCGUGGAUUUAGGAAGAGAGGACAAAGUUCCCCACUCUCAGGGUGACCUCCUUUAUUCGAAGAACUGGCUCCGGCGUUUCAAGGAUGCUAUUUCCGAUGCUGAGGAUGCCAUUUACAGUCAUGAAUUUGCCAAGGACGACAAUCAGAUAAAUAAUAUUCUUGAGAUAUUUGAAGAUCUAGCUGGUGAGAAAAAAGCUUUCUCUCAAAAGUUGAUGCAACAGGAAAUCUCAACCUGGCGGAGGACCAAUUAUCUCAUGUGCAGAGAAAUCAAAGGAAGAACAGAUGAGACAGAAAAAUUGAAAAAUUGGCUACUCAGUGAUCAAUCAUCUACUAACUCCAAUACAAACGUCUCUGCUCUGUCUAUCAUUGGCACAGGAGGCAUUCGCAAGACGAUCCUUUCUCAACUUGCCUUCAACAAUCAAGAGGUGCAGCAAAACUUUGAGGUCAGGGCAUGGGUCUUUCUGUACGAACCUACUAGGCCGGGGCCCACCGUUUAUAUCAAAGCCAACGAGUCCAACUCAGCAUCCUCUGACCAAACUUCAACUAGUUUUGAAGACUUCCAUAACAAAUUUGUAAGCAACACGAAGAACAAAAGGUUUUUUAUGGUGUUGGAUGAUCUGUGGAAUGAGUUCGCCGACGAAUGGGAUAAAUAUCUCUCCUUGUUUAAAUGUGGAAAACAUGGUAGCAAAAUUAUUGUAACUGCCAGGCUUAAAGGAGUAGCAAAUGUAAUAAACUUAGACCCAGACUCGCAAAUAGAUCUUGAUGUCCUUCGACAAGAUGAGUACUUGAAAUUAUUUAAAGAAUGUGUAUUUGGCAACAGUGAGUUACUGUCUGAAGAAUUUGCAUUUGGCAACAAGAGCUCACGCGAGGAUUACUCGGCCUUGGAAAAUGUACUAUUCAGAAUAGCCAUGAGGUUUGGGGGUUCGCCCUUGGCUGCAGUAGAGGUUGGACGUGAGUUAAAGCUUUCUUUAGAUCAAGAACGCUGGAACUCAAUUUUGCCCAAUAAAUUUUGCAUAGCCGAUCCAAGAGAGAAAGACAUUAUAUCAAUUCUGGGAUUAUGUUACAGAAAGCUACCUGGGCGUCUUGAGCAAUGCUAUCUUUCUUGUGCUCUAUUUCCUAGGGACUAUCAGUUUGAGGAACAUCAAUUGAAUUUAAUUUGGAUAGGUAUGGGCUUUGUGCAUUCUGGAUCUACGGCAGGAAACUAUAUUAAGGAUUUCUCAAUAAGGUCAUUUUUCAUAGAUACAGCAAGAACAGAUAAUAAAUACGUGUUCCAUCAUGUCUUGCAUGAACUUGCAGAAUACAUAUCAGAUGGAGAAUUUUUUAGACUCGAAAAGAAAAUCAUGGAAAGUGAGAGCAUAGAAAUCCCAGAAGAAGCUCGCCAUGUAUAUAUUUUAGCUGAUAAUUUUGCCAAGGCUUCAGAAGCUUUGAGAAGGAAUGAAAAAUUGCGCAGCUUGGUAAUUGAUGGUCCUUUAUCAAACUCCAAUGAUGAAAAAUCCUUCAUGAAAUCGCUUGGGAAAGUACUAAACAAUUUGAAAUCCCUGAGAUUCUUGGUGCUUUCUGUGCUUCCACAGAAUUUACCAACAACAGUUGGCAAACUAAAAUAUCUUCGAUACCUUGAGUUCCCAAUCAAUCAAGAGAAAUUGCCCAAGCUAUCCAAUUCAUUUCAGAGAAAUUAUACAUUAAAAAGGUGGGAUUCUAAGUAUUUGUUGGUAGCCAAAGAUAUUGAUAAAUUGAUCGAACACCGCUGCAGCUCUGCCAAGAUUGUAAAUGAAGACAUGAUCUAUUACUGCUGCUGAUGAAGCAAAAACUGCUCUAUGGUGCACCACCUGAGUCAGCCACUUUCGCUAUGUUUUUCAUUUAGCUGGGUGUUGUCUUACUCUUCGCAGAUCUAUUAAUUUAUGUUCUAUGCUUUCCUAUUUAGUUGUGAUGUCAGGUCACUACACUUUCCUUGUAGUCUGUUCUAUCAUGCAUGUAGAAAACACUAGUAGAUGAUGACCAGUUAAACCUUUUGUUACGUUCUGAUUGAGUUCGUGUAAGAAUCGAGUUCUGAUUGAGCUCGUGAAAGAAUCGUUUA